CAGUUUUUAAGCUUGCAGAAGACAGGGUCCGCUUGCAAUACACAGACACACAGAUUCAGGACCUUUGUGUAAGCAGAUGUGGCGAGCCAUGAUGGGGGUUGUUUAUGUUGUUGUGGCUAUGUUCAGUCUUCUGUCUGUUGGACAGUCAGCUCCUGUGACGAGCUGUGAGAGUCUGAUCCAACCUCUUCAGAUCCAAGGAAGAGACCAACUGCUGGGCAAAUGGACGUACUUAGCAGAAAGCACAGACAUCACUGGAUCCAAACUGCUGACCAAGAUGUUUGUAGAGAGCGUCUGGGGCAAAUUCACCGCAGCUAACGAGAGUGAUGCCAUGAAUCUUUAUCAGUCUCAAAAAAUGUUUGGCCGCUGUUUCUCUGUCACAUUUAAGCUGACUUUGAAGGACAACACUAUCUAUAUGGAGCAACCUUACAAUGCUUCUGCCACCCUACUGAAUACUGGCUGCAGCGACUGCCUGGUUUUCUACUCGAAAUACAACACUGGAAGUGGCACGUACAGUGGUCUCCAGUUCCUGAGCAGGAGAAAUAAGGUGUCUGAUGCUGAGCUGCAAGAGUUUGUGAAGCAGGCACAGUGUCUGAACCUACCAUCACCUGCUAUCCUAGACCCAGAAAAAGGUCUGUGCCCAGAUGAGUCUUCCACCCAAGAUACAGAGACUGUUGAUCUAACCAGUGUCAUGACUGACAUUAACAUGGAUGAAGUUUUCAACAUUUUUGACAAAAUUAUGAACUCUCAAAGUGGAAUGAAGACGCUCCUCAAACUGAUCACCAGUGACAUAACUGGAUUCAAACAAACUUAACCUUGGUAAAAGGGUCAUGACAUGCUUACAUAAUGAAGAAGCCAUGUCUGCAUGAAGAGAAUUUUCCAAUAAAAAUGAGAGAUGCUAAAUGAA